UUGUUUACAUCUGCCACUGCCAGCAAAACAUAUUCCCUUGUCUACAUACUUGACGGGGAAUCAAAAGAGUUUGGUUUGUAAAGAAGUAAUAUUAUGCUUUCCAAUAAGAAUGAGACACCUGCCCCAAAACAAAUAUAUUGUAGAUAAAAUAAAUAUUCAAUCUAUAACUUACUUGUAUAAGUACCUCGCACAAGGUUCCAGCCUCUCAGAAGUACAGAACUUCAAUAUUCCCACUUUCGGUAGCCAUGACCACGUUUAAGCUGCUCAUGUUUCUUUUUCUUCAAAUGUUCUUCACAACAAUGUCAUCAAUCCAAGCAGCAAAUUCAAAGCUCUUCAGAGAAUACAUCGGAGCUGAGAACAACGGCGUCACUUUCGAAGAAGUGCCCGUUGAUUCCAAAGUUGAAUUUCACUUCAUCCUCUCCUUUGCCAUUGACUAUACACAAUCCAAUCAUCCUACGCCCACUAAUGGCAACUUUAAUGUCUUCUGGGACACAGAGAAUCUUACCCCUGCUCAUGUAUCCGGCAUCAAGGCUCGUCAUCGAAAUGCUAAAGUAGCUCUGAGUCUUGGAGGUGAUACCGUAAGCAACAUAUCUGCAAACUUCAGUCCUACAUCAAUCAAUUCUUGGGUUAGAAAUGCUAUCGACUCAAUAGUUCAGAUAACGAAAAAAUAUCAUUUGGAUGGAAUUGAUAUUGACUAUGAACACUUCCAGACAGAUCCCAAUACAUUUGCUGAAUGCAUUGGGCGACUACUGUUCUACCUUAAACAAAACAAUAUUGUGUCGUUCACAUCAAUAGCACCAUAUGAGAAUGACGCAGUGCAACCAUAUUACUUGGCAUUGUGGAGGAAGUAUGGGCAUCUCAUUGACUAUGUUAAUUUUCAGUUCUAUGCCUAUGAUAAGGGCACGACUAUAAAUCAGUUUUUAAAACAUUUUGAGAUACAGAGCUCAAAUUACAAAGGUGGAAAGAUUCUAGUGAGCUUUGGAACAGAUGGAAGUGGGGGGUUGUCCCCUGAACAUGGGUUCUUUGAGGCUUGCGCUAGGCUUCGACGUCAGGGCAAACUUCAUGGCAUUUUUAUUUGGUCUGCUGAUGACUCCAAGAAGGCUCAUUUUCGUUAUGAGAAGCAAUCACAGACCUUUCUAGCUAGCAUAAAAUGAACUGUUUUUUUUUUCUCCUCCCUUAUUUG